AUGACCUCCUCUACCAAAAUAGACGCCCUCAUCGCCUGGGCCACGUCCCACGGCGCCGUCCUCCACCCCUCGGUGCGCGUCUCCCACGACGCCGCCACCGGCCUCUCCUUUCGCGCCAUCCAGCCCAUCCCCGGUGACUUUUCCGCUGCCAUCGUGCAUCUCCCCGCCGCCCUCUCCCUCUCCUACCUCGACGCCGUCCGCCCCUCCUCCUCCUCCUCCUCCUCCACCCCCAACCGCGGCACGUCGUCGCCGCCGCUUCCCGCGAGCCUCGCCGCCGCGCUGCCACCGCACGUCCUCGGCCGGCUGCUGCUCGUCCGAGAGUACCUCGCCGGCACGUCGUCCUUUUGGCACCCGUACAUCCAGUCGCUACCGCAGCCCGCCGAGACGGGGGGCUCGUCGUCGUGGACGCUGCUCCCGCCGUUUUGGGAAGACGACGACGAUGCGGAGCUGCUGGACGGCACCAACGUCGAGGUCGGCCUGGCCCGGAUCCGCGCGGACCUGCGCCGCGACCUCGCCGCCAUUGCGGCCGCCCUGCGUGACGCCGAUGCCAAAGACGAGACCAACAAGCGCCUCGUGGAGCAGUUCCGUCCGGAGCUGUACCGCUGGGCGUUUGCCAUCUUUUCCAGCCGCAGCUUCCGCCCGAGCCUCGUGCUGUCCGACGAGCAGGCCCGCCUGCUGCCGCCCGGCGUCGCCAUUGACGAUUUUUCCGUGCUGCUACCGCUCUUUGACAUUGGCAACCACGACAUGACGGUGCCCGUCCGCUGGCAGCGCGACGGCGACGGCUGCGCGCUGCGUACCGGCCGCGCGCACCAACCCGGCGAGCAAGUCUUCAACAACUACGGUCUCAAGACCAACGCUGAAUUGCUCCUCGGUUACGGCUUCAUGAUCGCGCCGACCGACGCCCUUCACAACGACUACAUCCACGUGCGCAAGCGCCGCGGCGGCGCCGGCGCCGACGACGCGCCCAUGUCCGAAGAGUAUCUCAUCUCGGCGCGGCCCCUGCGCGAUGCCAGCUCCGUCCUCGCACGGGACAAGCUGCCCGCGGGCCUCGACGCCGACUCCAUCACCCCCGCGUUCCAGCACGUACAGCCCGACAUGGCCUGGGACAUAUUCAAGUCUCUAGCGGGCGGUGACGACGUCUAUAAGCAUCUAAUCCUCGUCCAAAACACCGAGGCCGACGCUGAAGCUGCGGAUCGCGAGCGACGACAGCUGCUACUAACGGGUAAAGUCGAGGGCGCGUGCUUGCCGCUGUUUGCCCAGACGGCGGCCGUGAUUCAGAACAAGGUGCUGCAGGAGCUGGAGCGCCUCCUCGAGACGGAUGUCGAGGUGGACGAGGCCGAUAAGGAGCGGCUGACGCCGUGCCAGAGACUCGCGCUUGAUUACAGGGACCGCUGCCGCGCAGCGCUGGAGAGCACUUUGGAGAUGAUGAAUACCGAUGAGACGCUGGCCGCUGCCAUGGAAGCCAUGGACAAGGACGAAUAG